AUGAGCUCACAAUUAGAAAAACAGGAUUUGUUUAGUACAUGCACAAUUGUGCCUUUUGGUCGCAACGCUGGUGAAUUCCAGUUAAAUGUUUGUUGCUCUAUGGGGCCGGAGUUUAUUAAUAAAAAUCUACCAAAUUCAACCGACGACUGGGAGUCUUACAUUACCGAAUGCAAUGGUUCCGUUACUUUGUUAACUAUGAACCAAACUGACAAUAAGUAUAUUGAAGCUAUGAAGUGUUACAACCAAUGGAAUGAGUCUAAUCCAAAUUGCAUGUUGCUUGGAACAUUUGAAUUAACAUGGUUUGGUCCUUGUGAUGAAAAGUGUAAUUCACCUGAAAAUAAAACGUUGAGUUGUACUAUUACAGGAAAUAUGCUAAUUAUUUCUGGCGAUAUUCCUGAAAUAAAUAUUAUGCUCCAAACAAUAUUUACACCUUCACUUGUUGAAUCAUAUGGUAAUUUAAAUUUACCUAUGUUUGGCAUCUGUGAUACCUUGAUUAAAAAUUUAAAUGGGCAUGUCAAAUAUUUUGAAAAGAGAAUUAGGAAAGAAACUGAAGAGACGGCAUAUAAAACAUAUUUAUAUAGUCGUUCUACAAAGAAAUUUUUUGUGGAGUCCAGAAUGCAUUUAUUAAAACUGUCAAAAGCAGUUGAUGAAUGCGGUGAAUUCAUUUUGUUGUUGAGCAAAAUGUUAGUUGAUAACAAAAUAACAGACCACAAGUUCAAUAACGAAAAAUUUGUCGAAAAAACACAAAACCGAAUUGCAGAGUUAUUUAUUGUCCUUAAAGACCUUAAAGAGGUACAAGAGAUCAAUAGAGCUAAAACUUUCGACUCUAUUGGGAAAAUAACAAAAACUUCUAGUUAUUUACUUGCUGUGGUGUUGGUAGCUAUUGGGUUAAAACAAAUAUGCCCCAUCCAACUCUCAAAAAUAAUUAUUACCAAAGAUCACCUAUCAUUUGUAAUAAUUAUCGCAAGCGUAAUCUUUGUGCUGCUAGUAUUGUUCCAUUUUGGGAAGGAUGGUCUGGCUAUACGACUAUAUAGAUAUAAACCUGUAGGAAACUUUGAUAAAAAAAGAAUAGAAACUGUUUAA